AAGUAAAGAUCUUGAUAAUGGAUGUAUCAAUAGAACCAAGGGAAAUGGAAAAGCCUCUAAAAUCAUCUGGGAAGGAAGAAUGGAUUGAGAUAGACAAAGAAAUGGCUUUUAUUAUUUUCCUCUUGCAUGUCCUUUGUAUUUUUGCACCCUUUCAAUUUAAUUGGAGUGCAUUAUGGGUUGCCACGAUGUUAUAUUUUAUUUCCGGUCUCUUUGGUUUGAGUCUAUCAUAUCAUAGAAAUCUUGCACAUAGAAGCUUUAAGCUUCCAAAAUGGCUUGAGUACUUGUUUGCUUACUGUGGAGUUCAAGCACUCGAGGGGAAUCCAAUCGACUGGGUGAGUAUGCAUAGAUAUCACCACGAAGUUGCUGAUACUGACAAAGAUCCACAACGUUUUGAUCAAAGAUUUUCGUGGUUUCCUAAUUACUAUGCUUCAACUAAAAGAGUUAAUCGUCCAAGGUACUUUGUUAUUUUUCAAGAGAUAGAAAAAAACAUAUUUUUAAUGGUUAGGAAGCAAGUGAGACGAGAUAAUGUUCGGGACUUGGAGAAGCAAAUCUUCUACAAAUUCAUUCAUAAAACAUAUCUUCUUCAUCCAAUUGCUCUUGCAAUCUUGCUAUAUGUUGUUGGAGGAAUGCCUUUUCUUAUAUGGGGAAUGGGUGUUAGAAACGUAGUAGUGUUACACACAACAUUGAUGGUAAACUCAAUAUGCCAUGGAUCGGGAAAGCAACAAUGGAAGACUCGUGAUUUGUCACUAAACGUUGGGUGGGUGAGUUUGAUUUCCUUUGGAGAAAGUUGGCAUAAUAAUCACCAUGCCUUUCCUUAUUCAGCAAGACAUGGAUUUAAAUGGUGGCAAAUUGACUUUAGUUGGUAUGUUAUUAACUUUCUUCAAGUCAUUGGAGUUGCCACUAAUGUGAAAUUGGCCCCUCACAAAGCCAUUCAUAAGCAAAAGCUUGAUAAUAUAUAUUAAUAAAACCAACUCUUCUAAAAUAAAUUUUAAAUUUUUGUGUGGAAGUAACUAUGUAAGAAAAUAUAGAACAAAAUAAUAUGAUUGUUUAUAAAUUACUAUAGUUUGUGUGGGAGGUGUAAUCCAACUAUAUGUAUUUAUAUAUAUAUAUAUAUUGAUGUGGAUGUUGAUAUUGAUAAUUUAUAUUUA